AUGGCCGAUAGGAUUAGCAUGUUGCCAGCGUGUGUUCUAUGCCACAUUCUUUCUUUUCUACCAACAAAACAAGUUGUUUCCACAAGUGUUCUUUCCAAGACUUGGAACCCUCUCUGGCGCUCAGUUUCCACUCUACAUUUUGACUUUCAAGGUCGAAUGUAUAACUGUGAUCUAGACAAAGAGAAGUAUUCCCGCUUUGUUCAAUGGGUGAAUGAAGUUAUCCUCUCACGAGAUUUGCAUCAACCUAUCCAAACAUUCUGCCUCAGACAUAGAACCCUCAUUGUUCUCAAGUUGAAUGGAUUAGUACUCAAAUCUAUUUCGUCCGCUGGUUUACCCUCACUUAAAAUCCUGCAUUUAGAAGAAGUUUGUUUUUUAGAAAGUAAAUAUCUCGCUGAACUUCUUUCUGGGUGUCCAGUUCUUGAGGAUUUGGUAGCGAAAGAUAUGGAAUUUGAUAAUAGUUAUCCGAGAUCUUUAACUGAUAGAAAGUUUAAAAGCCUACCCAAGGGUAUGCUGCGAGUUAUGUGA